UCCGUUGCUCUUCUCUGCUGUCUGUUGAUCCUCGCGCUGUGAACCAGUCUUUGAUAUCCGAACAACCUUUCUGAUCCUGGGUCCAGGAACACCAACUAGCUCGAUUUCUGACUUUGAUGCAAGUCAACCCUCUCCAUCCACCUGUCCGUCAGCCAGCCAUCUGCCACUCUUGCCGACUCGCCUACGAAGUCAAUCGUCCUCGUCGACUCCCCUGACUGGAGCCCUUCCACUCCUCGACUCUUGACAACCACAAGAUCCAGGAAGUUUGGCAGCGGCUAGAGACGCAUCUCACAUCUCCCUCUCCCAGGUCCUGCCUCGUUGGUGGUGUGGAGAAGCGUCUGAAGUAGCUCCCGUCUCCGGGAAGUCAUCGAAACUUGGAAAGUCUUUGUCAUUAUUCACCUCGUACUCUCACUUCAUCCAGUCCCUUGAUGAUAGUCGCCAGUAAGCCCUUCCUAAACAAGUCGUCGAGCAGGAAUCCCAGACAUCCGUAAAGUCGGCGACCAGGGUGAACACGAGGAAGGUUGUUUUGUGACCACUCAACAGCGACGCAACAGCAUAGCAUCCACUGUAUCUGCGUCUUUUUCUGCCGCGCUGGAAGAGAUCAGCUGGACGAGGAAGCAGGAUAUUUCAGAGGGCUUUUCAGAAGCACAUGCCAGUCGAGGACGGCAGCAGAGCGCCAUUCAUCUACUUCGACCAGUCUGGCCCAUCAGUCCCCAGGGAACGGAGUCGCUCGUUGAAACUAUAAGAACAACCCUGCCACAGAUCUCACUUGGAAAAGUCACCGUCUAAAAGUCAAUCUCAUCAGCUUGUGCCUAUUACAGAUCUCCAGCGGGCCCUCUACACAUCUUAACUUCGACACCUCCAUCUGCUAAGGCGCCUCUAUCUUCGUCUGCCUAACUGCCUGUCUUUGUAUAUGUGUGUCUGUCAUCCAGGCAUCGCACACCUCAUCGAAGCAGGUGGAAAGGGUGCUUGGGGAAGAGACAAAAUAUCUCGGAGGAAGGCACGUCCAGCAGAUCCCAAAUCUCGAACCGCACCCUGAAAUCUUCUCCUCUCACAAACUUCGCAUCGCCAACUUAUUUUCCUUCUUGUAUCGUCGAAUUCUCUAUUUAAUAGCCUUCACCGAAAGCCGAAGAAGCUAGUCAACAGCUGGCUUUGCACCUGUCGUUACCUGUGAUCGCCUGUCGGUUCGUACUGUCUUGGAAACGACUCUGUCCAACUUCCGAACCUCUUGGUCACUUCACUUGUCUCCGCUGAGGCGCAUCUGUCAAAACCGUGUCAGUUAUCCUGACUACUUCCUCCCCUCAAAACUGCCUCCUCCAGACCAGACGAGACCUUUACGGCUCGCUUCUGAAUACAAGUCAGCAGUCUUUCCUGCGUACAUCUUUUUCUCUCAUUCAGCGUACUUGUACCUGCUAGCCGACAAGACCUUGGCCGUGCCCUAGCUCAAAUCUUCUUGCAGCUUGUAUCCUCUCAAACCGCCAUCUGAGUUCACCCUAGGGUUAGAGUCUCGAGCAUAACAGAAACCUUCACCCCAGACUGGACAGAACCCAAUCCUGACCAAGAUUCACUUCUGCUGAUUUCACCAUGGCAUCAGGCGGCGGAGCGUCUUUGCAACCAACCUUCCGUGGUCAUGUCGCCACGACUCAGGAUGCUUUGAUAUUGUUCGAAGCAUGUCUACAAGGCCAUCUUUCCCAUGUGCCGCGAAGGCCUCACGACCGGGAACGAUCCCACCUCAUUACGAGCGGUAGCAUCUUCAUCUACGAGGAGAACGCGUCAGGAAUCAAGAGAUGGACCGACGGUGUGACAUGGAGCCCAAGUCGAAUUUUGGGCAACUUCUUGGUGUAUCGCGAACUGGACAAGCCCUUCCCACCUGGCGAAAAGAAACGUGCCAUGAAAAAGCAACAGCGACGCCCAAGCCGCCCCGGCGAACCAUACGCACGUCCUGAUGGCUACGCUAAUGAGCAGUCCUCCCACGAUGCAGAGGCGGAGAGACAGCUCAUAGGAUCUCUGGUCGAUUCAUAUGGGUUCAAAAAGGAUGGUCUCGUAAAAAAGACCAUGAGCGUGACUGUCCAAGGUGUCACUCACCAUCUUGUGUCAUACUAUCUGGUUGGCGAUGUGUUGGCUCAAACCCUGCGCACUCCUUCCCAGAGCGACAGCCUUCAAUAUGUGCGCCCUCGCCUCGAGUUGACCCAGAAACAAAGCUUUCGGGCUCCUCUUGAAGACGUUGACGAUCUCGAGGGUGGCCAGCCAGGAUACGGCUAUCGGCUCAGUCAAGCUCCCCAGAGAGCCUCUUACGGGGGAGAGUAUAAUCAACAACCAUAUUACCCUGCGCAGUCUUACCCAACCCAAGCCUAUACCUCUCUGCCACCACAUACCGGCGUUGGUCCUUCUUAUCCAGUUGCCGUGCCACCAGUCCCGGCACCUUAUACUCUGCAACAGCCGCAGGUUGCUCCAAGCCACAUGCAAAACCAUCGACUUGAGUACAGUCAGUACGAUCAAGGUAGCUAUGGCCGCACUUACGAUCCGACCUCACGGUCGAUUCCGGCGACUCCUACCAGUCUGCCUGCAAGCAUGCCGCCUAACAUUUCUACCAUGGGAUCAGAUCGAUCUCAGACGCAGACAGGGAUGUAUCCGCCGAUGAGCAUGCAGAGACCAGUCAGCAAUAUGAGCCCGGUCUCCAUGGAUAUGCGAUCACAGAUGCCAUAUCGAUCUAGCCCGUAUACUCCCCAGCUGGAUCAAUCUCGCCAGACCCAAGCAUCUCCGAUCCCAGAUCGUCGGGAACAGGCGCAGCCAGCAUCUCACAUGUACCAGAGCCCAAGGGCCCCCUUCUACCCCGAAGAAACGCCUCAGCAAAACACCCAAGGGCAGUACUCGCAGCCUUCACCCUACACCCAAUGGCCCGGCCCAGCUUCACAACCACCUCAUCCACCACAAUAGAAAUAUGUGUGUCAUCGGCUCGAGACCGGCCAUUUAGCAGACAGACAUCCAAGAGAUCAUGGACGGAUAGAAUGCUACUCCCAAGACGAUGAAGAUUCGAUGCCAACGAAUUAGUCUCGCAUCACAUUACGACCAUGCUUUUAGUAUUGUCGGGGUCCGGUCUUCAUGCCUUUGGUUGGUUCAGAAAAAAUCUACUUGCUCAACAUUUGAGCAACUACGUUUCUGUAUUCUCAGAACCUGCUAGUUAAUACUCCAAGGGAGUUCUGGAAUGCACCUUGGUGUAUCGAGCCUGUCAGUUGCCGUCCACAGCUAUCUACACCUCAAACCAUCGUCACAACUACUUUGCUUUUCUGUACUUAUGAUGACCUAUUUUAUACCAAAAAAGGCCUUCCCCGUCGUGGAGGAGGCUAUCAGUCUUAUACGAGCCUUGCUGCACACAAGAGGAAAUCCAGGCACUGGGCGGAAAGAAGGAAGGAGGAAACCAGGAAAGGAAAAGCACAUGGAAGCGAAAAUGACCCCAACGGCCUCGCCCUUGAGAGUCAAUGAACUCAACGAUAUGAAUGAAGGAUGGCUGUACUUUGUUUUCUGCUUAUUCGUCUUAUGCAAGGAUAAUUACCUUUUUUAACUUUACUAAAAAGAAGUCGUUGUGAGGCGGUUUGAGGGAUAUCAGAAGCGAGCGCUAUAGCAACCCUGUUUGAGCUUUUGAUUGUUUAUGGAGUUUGUAAAUGGGAUUAGCUUCAUUAUGGCUCUGUUGGCAAUGUGCAGGCAGUAAAUGUGAACGGAUCUUCUGGACGGUCUUCUAGCCUAGCAUCAUUCGUAAUGGGGGCUUCACAGGAAGGCUUCCUCGUGUUCAAUAGGGGAGGGUAUGUAACGGGAACAAUGUAAUAAAGCAAUUGUCAGAGAGACUAAUAACCAAA